UUGGACCUUGACCGUGCAUUCUCUUGGGACUUUACCCUUCCAUUUUCCUGGCCCAUUAUCGUCGUGUCGUAUCGUGUCGUAUCAAACAGCAUGUAGGGGACUGCCGGAUCGGGAGCGUCUGCGCCAUUCACCGACACUGACGUUGCGUGACUACAAGCUGCCUCUUGACUUCCCCGGCCAUCUACAUUCACAUUCACGCUCCACCACCAAAAAAAAACAUAUACACCCUCGAGACCACAUUGUCCUUAUAGUAUUGCCGGCAAUCAUGGAUAUGGAUCUCUACCGAAGCACCUUUAUGUGUCUGUUGGCACUCAACGGCGCAGCCCUGUAUCGGGCCUGGCGCUCCAAAACCGCUCCCCCACCCCCGUCUCCAACCAGAAUUGAGAACGAAAAGGCCGAUGCUGUCGAGCAUAGGGGACGUGGCAACGACGAGGACGCAGUGCGGGUGUCGAGGCUGAAAUGGAAGUUCAUCCCCGUCUUCUUGCUGGUCAACGGUGCGGAUUGGCUGCAAGGCCCGUAUAUUUACCCCAUCUACAAAGACGAGAAGGGGCUUGAAGAAAAGGUCGUCGCUCUCCUCUUCAUGAUGGGAUUCCUCUCUGGCGGCAUCUCGGCUUCGUUCGCAGGUUCCGUUGCCGACCGGUUCGGCCGCAAGACUGCAUGUCUGUCGUACUGCGUGCUAUACUCGCUUUCGUGCCUCACGCUUCUCUCCGACCGCCUUCCCAUUCUCUUCCUCGGCCGUAUUCUAGGCGGUAUUUGCGGGACGCUUCUCUACAGUGUUUACGAGAGCUGGUUGGUGGCCGAGUUCAACAAGCUCAUGCUGGAGGAACCUGGCUCGAUUCUCGGCGGCAUCUUCAGUCUCAACACUACGCUGAAUAGUGUCGUGGCUAUCUUGGCUGGAAUUGCAGCAGAGUCCAUGGUCCGGUUCUUUGGCACUGCGAAAGCACCUUUCCUGGGCUCUAUCGCUUGCUUGUGCGUUGCUUUCAUGGCAAUUGCAAAGACUUGGGCAAGUUCGGAGAACUAUGGUACCCUUGCUGAUGAUUCUGAUGAUUCUUCACGCCUGCUGUCCGCAGAGAGCGGCAAAGAACCUGCGCCCAAAACAUCACCUCUCAACACGGUCUUCAGAGACAAAAAUAUUCUGACACUCGCGUUGACAUCCUGCUUUUUUGAGGGAUCCCUAUUCCUCUUCAUCUUCUUCAAGUUCCCAGCACUGAAGCUUUGCCACGAGAUGUCCGGCGCAUCGGGAGAUCUCCCGUUCGGUCUAAUCUUCGCCAUUCUCAUGUGUUCCAUGAUGCUCGGCUCUAUGCUUUACAACAACAUAACAGCAAUCUCUCAAAUCUCCACCAAACAAAGCCUCACCUACACGCUUGCCGCCGCAUCCGCCUGCUUCUUCCUUCCAGCCUACGUCCGCGACGAACACAUCACCCUGUGGUGUUUUUGCGUGUUCGAAGUUUGUUGCGGCUUCUACUACCCCGCCAUGUCCUCCCUCAAGGGCAAAUUGGUCAAAGAUGGCGCUCGCGCAAGCGUGUAUACCAUCCUGCGGGUGCCGCUGAAUACGUUCGUGGUGCUCGCGCUCAGCGUGACAAAGGAGGGUGAAAGUCAUCGCAACAAGGUGUUUGUCAUGUGCAGUGGGUUGAUGGUCUGCGCGGCACUGGUCGUGCAUAGGGUCUUGACCUGA